AUGGGAUCCAAAGAGGACUCCCUCCCUCCGAUUGUCGAAAAUCAAGCCCUGAGCACCAUGCUUGGACAUACCGAUCCUUUCCCUCCUCGCCUUGGUAUCGAACCCGUCGUUCGCUUGCCAAUUACAAUGGUCGCUGCGUUUGCUGCUGGCAUGGUUUUGGGAGCUGGUCACGGUAGUACAAAAGCAGCAUUUCGAUACCGUGCCGAAAAUGCACAUAGACUACCAACCAAAACAAUGGGCUGGUAUCACUAUCACAGAAGCAAAAAUUACAAAUCUCUGGUUGGGGGUGUGAAGGAUGGAAUGAGGAUGGGUAUGAAGCUUGGAGUUGGAGCUUUCACCUUUUGUCUGUUUGAGGAGACUGUUGACCAUGCCCGUCACGGCCGGCGAGACUUCCUCUCGACGGUUACUGCCGGCCUGACUUUCUCCGGUGUCUACAGCUUAUUUGCUCGGCAUGACAUAUAUACCGCAGCACGAACAGCGAAGCUUGGUUUAAAACUGAGUCUUGUGUACGGCUUGAUCCAAGAUGCUCUGGCGACCAUGAGAGGAAAUCGACCUGAUUACAUCGAUUUCAUUUAUCUCAAAUUUCGACCACAGAGUGGGCACAGUGAUAACGCCUAG